UCGCCAUCUCCACCGCUCCACUCCACGACCACGAGACACAAUCCCGUCGCUGCGACCUGCGACAACUACACGAAACCCACUUCUGAAGAAGCAGAUCACAUAUAUACCCGACUCCACUCGGCGCGUCGUCGCCGUCAGCCCUGCCAGAUCCAGGCGUCCAGAUCCCCGGACACCCGCGCUUGCCCCCAUGGAGCCCCCGCCGGCGCAGGCGGGCGCGUCGGACCGCGACCGCUCGCCGCCGCCGCCUCCCCCUCCUCCGCCCCAGUCGUCGGCCGCCGCGGCGAUCUCGUCGCCGCUCGCCGUCGUCUGCAACUUCUGGAAAGAUUUCGAUUUGGAGAAGGAGAGAAGCGGUUUGGAUGAGCAGGGUUUAAAGAUUGCGGAGAAUCAAGAGACUAGCCAAAAGAACAGACGUAAGCUUGCUGAGAACACUCGGGACUUCAAAAAGGCAUCUUCAGAUGAGAAGCUGAGUUUAUUUAACUCUUUGCUGAAGAGUUAUCAAGAAGAAGUUGAUAAACUCACAAAGAGAGCAAAGUUCGGAGAAAAUGCAUUUCUCAACAUCUAUCAGAAGCUCUAUGAAGCCCCUGAUCCAUAUCCAGCUCUUGCUUCUAUGGCUGAUCAAGACCAGAAACUAUCUGAACUUGAGACUGAAAACCGUAAGAUGAAACUAGAGCUUGAAGAAUACCGUGCUGAAGCUGCGCACUUGAAGAACCAGCAGGCAACAAUUAGGCGACUUGAAGAGCGAAACCGCCAAUUGGAACAGCAGAUGGAGGAGAAAGUGAGGGAGAUGGUUGAAAUGAAGCAGCGAAGCAUGGCUGAAGAUAGUCAGAAAACUUUGGAAGCCCUUAAAGAUAGGGAACGGUCAUUGCAGGACCAACUAAGGCAAGCUACAGAAAGUGUAAAGAAUAUGCAGAAACUACAUGAAUCGGCUCAAAGCCAAUUGUUUGAGCUUCGCACUCAGUCAGAGGAGGAUCGAACUGCAAAGGAGGCUGAAGUCAGCCUUCUGAUGGACGAAGUGGAACGUGCGCAAGCACGAUUAGUCAGUCUUGAGAGGGAAAAGGGGGAUCUACGUUCUCAGUUGCAGACAACAAAUGAAGAUGCAAGCAAGAGUAGUGAUUAUUUGGAAUCAAGUGAUAUACUUGAGAGUUCCUUGAACGCCAAGGAAAAGAUUAUCUCGGAGUUAAAUGCAGAACUUCGCAAUAUUGAAAGUACUUUAUCAAAUGAGAGAGAAAUGCAUGUCAAUGAGCUGAAGAAGUUGACUGCUUUACUCACUGAAAAGGAAAGUGCUCUUAUGGAGUUGAAGAAAGAGCUUCAAGAACGACCCACACGAAAACUGGUCGAUGAUCUCAAGAAAAAGGUUCAGAUUUUGCAGGCCGUUGCUGAGCUAACUUCAAAGGUUGAAGAGCAGCAAAAGUUGAUUUUGAAACUUGAGGAUGACAUACUAAAGGGCUACAGUUCAACUGAUAGGAGGGGUUCACUUUUGAAUGAUUGGGAUCUUCAAGAAAUCGGCACUAGUGAAGCAUCAGAGGGUACUGAUCCAAGGCAUGCAUCCCCUGAUCAAGAUCAAAAUUCUAUGCUCAAGGUCAUCUGCAACAGGGAUCGUUUCCGUGCACGACUACGUGAACUGAGGAGUAAUAAUUUGGAAUUGAGGAAAUUAAAGGAGAAGUACGAAAUGGUUACUGUUGAACUAGAAAAAACUAAAGCUGAUAAUGUCCAACUUUAUGGGAAGAUUCGAUACGUCCAGGACUACAGCCACGACAAGAUUGUUUCCAGAGGACCAAAGAAGUAUGCUGAAGAUAUUGAAAGUGGUUCUUCAGAUGUUGAAGCAAAGUACAAGAAAAUGUACGAGGAUGACAUAAAUCCUUUUGCUGCUUUUUCGAAGAAGGAAAAGGAUCAGCGAUACAAGGAGCUUGGUUUAAGAGAUAAAAUCACUCUCAGUAGUGGCCGGUUUCUCCUUGGUAACAAGUAUGCCCGGACAUUUAUAUUCUUCUACAGCAUUGGAUUGCAUCUCCUUGUAUUUACGUUGCUGUACAGAAUGUCAGCUUUGAGCUAUCUCCACAUGACACCUGGACAUGAUGAAAGCAUUCUGGAUGCUGGCAAUCAGACGCUAUCACACAUGCUCUAAAUUGAAGUUGCAUGCGACAGUAUCAUAGAAGCUGAGACCUUGUGGGUUUUGAUCAAUAGAAUCUCUUCAUAGGAUCACGACUGAAAUUGCAAUUGACUUGUUUUCUCUGUUCCCUUAGGCGUCUGGAUAUAUUUCUGUAGAUAAAAGUUUUCCAGUUUUGGGGGCAGGGGGUGGGCAGGGCAUUGGACUUUUAAGUCUCUGUAUACUGUUGUAUUAUUCACUACCAUUUUCUUGGUAAAUGAAAAGCACACACUUGGCCAUCAGACCGUGACAGUGUUCUGAUAGUUUAGAUGUGCGGUCGACAGACAAUAUCUUACUAGCA